AAACUGGAAGAAUUAAAUUUUUGAUUCAGCUGACGGCCAAACUGCUCAGAUUUCUCUGAAGAGUCCGGCUUGAAAGCUUAUCAAGAGCUGAACAAUUUGCCAAACCUGACAGUGCAGAAAAGACUUUAAUUACAAGCCAUGAUCAGUUCAAAAGUUUCCAUCAGCUUGCUGGGGUUCUACACAUUCCUUGUUUUUCAAGGCUGGAACCAAGACGGCAUGAUCCAUGCGGCAGGUAUAAAAACAGAUCCUGGCCAGCAGAAGCAGGAAGAUGGGGUGACCAUAGCCCCAGAGGAUAUAAUGCCUUUUUUACAGUGCUACUGUUCCGGUCACUGUCCAGAAAAUGCCAUUAAUAACACGUGCAAAACUAACGGACAUUGUUUUGCCAUCAUUGAGGAAGACGAAAAUGGAGAAAAAACCCUCUCUUCCGGCUGCAUGAAAUAUGAAGGUUCAGACUUCCAAUGCAAGGAUUCCCGAGUUGUUCUACGACGCCGUACCAUUGAAUGUUGCCGGACCGACUUCUGCAAUCAAGAUCUGCAGCCCACUCUACCCCCUACUUCAAAAAUUAACCUGUUUGAUGGCAGCAUACGUUGGAUAGCUGUGCUUAUUUGCAUGGCAGUCUGCAUCAUUGCCAUGAUUGCCCUCUUUGGCUGCUUCUGCUACAGACAUUACUGCAAAGGGGUAACAAAGAGACGACGUUACAAUCGUGAUUUGGAGCAGGAUGAGGCCUUCAUCCCAGCUGGGGAAUCAUUAAAGGAUCUUAUUGACCAGUCGAUCAGCUCUGGCAGUGGUUCAGGACUGCCUCUGUUGGUGCAACGGACGAUCGCCAAACAGAUUCAGAUGAUCCAGCAGGUUGGAAAAGGGAGGUACGGUGAAGUUUGGAUGGGUAAAUGGAGAGGGGAAAAGGUGGCCGUGAAAGUGUUUUCCACCCCCGAAGAAGCCAGCUGGUUUCGGGAAACGGAGAUUUACCAGACGGUUCUUAUGCGCCAUGAAAAUAUACUCGGGUUCAUCGCAGCAGACAUUAAAGGCACAGGCUCCUGGACUCAUCUCUACCUGAUCACCGAUUACCACGAAAAGGGAUCCUUGUAUGAUUUCCUGCAGUAUACCACGCUGGACAACAGAGCGUUGUUGAAACUGGCUUAUUCUGCCGCGUGUGGCCUCUGCCACCUGCACACGGAAAUCUAUGGGACUCAAGGGAAGCCUGCUAUUGCCCACAGAGACCUGAAGAGCAAAAACAUUUUGAUCAAGAGGAACGGGUCCUGCUGCAUUGCAGAUUUGGGCCUCGCUGUCAAAUUUAACAGCGAUACAAAUGAAGUCGAUGUCCCUAUAAAUACGAGGGUGGGCACGAAACGAUACAUGGCCCCUGAAGUCCUGGAUGAAACUCUGAACAAGAAUCACUUCCAGCCAUACAUCAUGGCCGACAUUUACAGCUUCGGCUUGAUCAUUUGGGAAAUGGCUCGGCGAUGCAUCACAGGAGGGAUUGUCGAAGAAUACCAACUGCCCUAUUACGAUAUGGUCCCGAAUGAUCCUUCGUUUGAGGAUAUGAGAGAGGUGGUUUGCAUGAAACAUCUGCGCCCGGUGGUGUCAAAUCGAUGGAAUAGCGAUGAGUGUUUAAGGGCCAUACUGAAAUUAAUGUGCGAAUGCUGGGCCCACAACCCAGCCUCUAGACUGACCGCCUUGAGGAUUAAGAAAACCCUGGGCAAGAUGGUGGAAUCGCAAGACGUUAAAAUUUGACAAAGAAACGUCGCAGGAAGAGUGAAUUUGGGAACUCUUUUAAGAACUCUUCACUCAACCCAGAGCAGGUUUGGUGGGAUCAGGAGGGGACAUCUGACUUUCAGCCCACACUUCCUCGCUAAUUCUACAGGCUGCUAAUAAAUCUUACAUUUUAAUAAGAAGGUGGGAUCCGCGCACACAAUACGAUACAUGCGUGGAUGGCCUUGUCGUCUUCUUUUUAGUUUUAAUUUUGAACUGCAUUAAGAUUUUCAUCCCAGUUUUAGGUUCCCAUCGGUUUCUUCAGUGCUGAAUUGAACAUUCAGAUGGAUCGCGCUUUCUGUGAAAGCCUUAAGUUAAAUGAAUGCAACACAGCAGUGAAUGGAAGGAAAAAAUCAAGCUUUUUGUCUCCUGCCUGAUGUUACCUAACCAGGACUUGACAGAAUAGCCUGUGUGUCUGGGACACUUAAAGUAAUCAGACAAGUCCCUUAAGUCUUCUACGAUGUUGUGCCAGAAUUUUUUUUUUCUCCCGUGUUUGGAGGACUUAAAGAAGCCAUUCAAUUUUGUGUAUAGCUACCCGUUUCUUUUCUUUUUUUCACAAUGCCUACGAGAUGCGAAGAAGAGUUACAUCUACCUUCCUUUUUGUGUUUGCAUCAAAAGGAUGACCUGAAAUCCAACAGC